AUGGUGCUAAUGGAGGGUUACAACCUGGGCUAUGGCAACCUGAGCCCCCACACGAUGGCCGCCCGACUCUUCUGCAUCUUCUUUGCCCUCGUGGGGAUCCCGCUCAGUCUCGUGGUGCUCAACCGCCUGGGCCACCUCAUGCAGCAGGGAGUGCACCGCUGCGCCCGCAGGCUGGGGGGCGCUGGGCGGGACCCCAGCAAGGCGCGGUGGCUGGCGGGCUCCGGCGCCCUCCUCUCGGGCCUCCUGCUCUUCCUGCUGCUGCCCCACCUGCUCUUCUCCCACAUGGAGGGCUGGAGCUACAUCCAGGGCUUCCACUACGCUUUCAUCACCCUCAGCACCGUGGGCUUCGGCGACUACGUGAUCGGGAUGAACCCCUCUCGGUGGUACCCGCUGUGGUACAAGAACACGGUGUCCCUGUGGAUUCUCUUUGGGAUGGCGUGGCUGGCCUUGAUCAUCAAACUGAUCCUCUCCCUGCUGGAGACGCCAGGAGGGGCGUGUUCCUGCUAUCACCACAGCUCCAAGGAGGACUUCAAGUCCCAAAGCUGGCAGCAAGGCCCAGAUGGGGAGCCGGAGUCCCACUCCCCACAACAAGGCUGCUGUCUAGAGGGGUCUAUCGAAAUCAUACAGCACCUGGAACCCUCUACUCAGGUUGCACACUGUGGCAAGGACA